UAGGAGUAGUGUCGUCAAGUGAAGCGCUAGUAUCAGUCUUGUCUGAUACUUGUGUCCAUAAUAUUGUGUGCUUGUGUGUGGCUGUGUUACUCAAAUGAUUGAGUUUUCAUAUUUUGAGUCUCCAGCUUAAGUGACCACAACAAUGGACAACGACUCGGAACAGCAGUCUCCCGACAAUACUAAACCUCCAGGCUUCGGGGCGCGGCAUUGCCAAGCAAUAAUGACGUUCCUCUGCUUGGUUUUGGCUUACGCAAUGAGAGUAAAUCUUUCCGUGGGAAUCGUGGCUAUGACUGACAGCACUGGAACUAAUUCUGACUUAAAGGUACUACCAUGGGACAGUUCUAUAAAAGGUAUAAUCCUAAGUUCCUUCUUCUGGGGCUAUCUAAUCCUGCAGGUGCCGGCUGGAGAGAUGGCUCGAAGGUUGGGUUCUAAGUACCCGCUGUUCAUUGCCAUGUUGAUCUGUUCACUCUUUACCCUGUUCAGUCCCUACAUCGCCCAGAACUAUAGUUGGCAGGUCUUCUGUGCCACAAGAGUUAUCCAGGGACUGCUUCAGGGAUUUUUCACCCCUUCUAUUAAUGCCCAUAUGUCAAAGUGGGCCCCACCGCUGGAGAGAUGUAGGCUUUUCGCGUUCGUCUUCAUUGGAAGCCAGUUUGGAACCCUGGUUACCCUGUUUGUAGCAGGGUAUCUGGCCGCCAGUCCGUGGGGCUGGCCCAGUAUCUUCUACGCCACUGGUCUCUGUAGUCUGCUGUGGGCCGUGGUCUGGAUGUUCAUCGGUGCCGACUGCCCUGACACACAUACAUCCAUCAGUGUUGAAGAACGUCACUACAUCAAUUCCUCACUGAUUAACACCUCUGCAGAAAGUAAGACGCUGCCGACACCCUGGUGGGACGUAGCAACCUCUGUGCCUCUAUGGUCUCUGCUGAUCGCCCAUCUGGGGCAGAACUGGGGCUACUGGAUGUUACUAACCGAGCUGCCCAGCUAUUUCAGCCACGUGCUGGGGUUUAACAUAAAAAAUAACGGACUAAUAUCAGCACUUCCGUACCUGAUAAUGUGUUCUCUGACCGUGGUGUUCUCAUGGAUAGCCGACUUCAUCAAUAAGAGAGGCAUCUUGCCAAUCAGCGUCUCUCGAAAAAUGUGGAACUCCAUCGCCCACUGGGGGGCAGCGGCUGCUCUCAUGUGCUUAUCGUUCACGUCCACUGUGACCGGAGCUGUUGUGCUUCUGACUACAUCGAUCUCGCUCAACGCCGGCAUCUACACGGGCUUCCUGCAGAAUCACCUGGACCUAGCGCCCAACUUUGCAGGUCUACUGAUGGGCAUCACCAACGGGUUCGCUAACAUCACCGCCAUCAUUGGACCCAUGAUCACCGGCUUCAUCGUCUCAGAUGAGUCAAAUAAAGACCAAUGGAUGAUUGCGUUUUAUUUAGCUGCUGCAGCUUUCUUCGUUGGGAAUCUGAUUUUCAUGAUCUUUGGAUCAACAGAAGUACAGCCUUGGAACGACCCACUCAAAAAGGACUACUUAGACAAGAAACAAAUCGUUUAAGAACUGUUCAGUUUGGAACUAUGAAAAUAAAGUAAAAUGUUUUCUUUUUUGGU